GGGUUAUAAUGUGAGGAGUGUAUAAUGUGAGGCGAUGACAAAAAGGCGGAUUGCAGAUAACAACCUCUUUCCCACGAAUUUUCUCCUUCUUAAUACCUUUUUAAUACCAGAUUAGUUUCAGGUCUGUUGUUGUUGCUGUUUCUGUGGUUUUUGGGGUUGAUGUAUACAGGAAAGAGAAUGAAACCUGGCAACCUUGUCCUCAUUUGAACUUAGGCGCUUGGAUGAAACACCGCGGAUACUGAUACGGACAAGAAAUGAAUUUAAAAUACAUUUAAAAAAUCAUUAUAUAUAUGCAAGCGCCUGUCUGAUUUGUGGAAAUAAGUCUAUGUAUAAAACACAAUUUCUUUAUCAACAGUGUUACAUAAAUUCUUUAUCAAGCGCUGGACUGCUCCUACCACACCUCCUCUCCACACCAUUUCCCCAGAAUCAAGGAUAGCACAGGAUAGCAGUUUACGAUAAUAACUUAGCUUCAUUUAGCUACAUUAGGUUAUAUGUGUUGGGCACCAUUCUAAAAUACAUACUUGCUUAACUUACAGUGGACAUUUUAAAUUCAUAGUCAUCGAGGAGAGAAUUAUUUUUCCUGAAUCCUCCAAACCGCAAGCGUUGUUAACUUUCACUUUCACUUCACCAUCACGCCAGUGCGAUGCCAUAGAUCAGGUUAACAGGAUACCAGGUUAUCUGAGCAGAUGGAUGAAGAUGGAGGAGCUGGACCUGGAGGAGGACGUUCGGGUUGUGGUGGCCCAGGAGGCCACUGCAAUAGUGGACAUUUUGUGUAAGCAGCGAAAUAAUGUUCUACAGCAGAUCUAUGCCUUGGUGGAAUCACGGACUCGAGAGCAGCUACAGCACUCGCCCAACCUCAGGGAAUCUAUCUCAGGUGUUGUGGAUUACUUCAAAACUUCAAACCAACAGAUAUGCCGCCAUUUCCUGGACACUAUUUGGGCAUUCUGUGAGGACAUUCCCUUAGAACUGGAGAUACGGAUUUUAAGCGUAGCAGGAUCUUCAACUGGAGCGUUGGUGAACAACACUCAUCUGCCAGAUAUUGAAAAUUCCCCUCAAUCACCUAAUGCAAAACGUGCAUGUCUAGACCAGGUGCAGAAUUACACAAAUGCUGUUAAGAGUUUUCUGCAAAAGAAAUUUGAGAAGGUGACAAAAGAUGUGAAGAAAAAGGUUUGCCUAGACAAGACAUGGCUGUGUUGGAGGACACAGAAAUAUGCAAGGGUGAGAGACAGACCAGCAAAAACUCAGGAAGGGGAAGAGGUUUCAUCAGAGCAUAAAGAGUCAGUUGAGGCUCUGUUGAAGAAAACAGGCAGAGUGGUAAUGCUAUCAGGUCAGGCUGGUUCCGGUAAAACCCUGCUGAUGCAUUGCCUAAGCCACCACUGGGCUCAGGGCUCUUACCCCUCUAUCAAGCUACUGUUCCUGCUGGAGUUCCGCCAGCUCAACCUUGUUUCACAGCCAUUGUCUCUGAAAGAGCUGUUGUUUCGUUUCUUUCUUCCUCCUGAGGAAGACAAUGAGCAAAGUGAAGCAGUGCUCAGUUACGUUCUUACCAACCCUGAGAAAAUUUGCUUUAUAUUUGAUGGAUAUGAUGAGUUUGGGGCAAGAUUUACAGACCCAAAAGAGCUUGUUGACUCUGUAAACCCUACCCAGCAGCUGCCAUUGGCUGAUCUCCUCUCUGCACUAUGUAGCUCCAAGAUCCUGCCCGGGUGCACAGUGCUGGUCACUUGUAGGCCACGGGAUGUUUUUGACCUAUUUGGAAGUUCUGGUUAUUUUGUAGCAGAGCUGCUUGGGUUCAAUCAACAACGUGUGAAGGAAUACACUGAGGACUACUUCCAUGAAAAGGGAAGUGAAAUUAAAGAAAGAGCAGUUAACUUGCUGAUGGACAACCAUCAUCUGCUCUCCAUGUCCCAUGUUCCAGGAUUAUGUCAUGUUUGCUGUGUCUGCUUAGAUCAUUUCCUCUCCAGUGAUAUGUCUCGGCAACCUGGCACUCAACUACCUACUUCCUUGACCCAAAUCUACCUCCACAUCCUUUCUGCUUUUAUUAGUCGUUGCCAGGGUUGUGGAUCUUCUGAUAACCAUACACCAUUACUUCAGAGGUAUAGGGAUCAAAUUGCUAUAUUGAGUAAGCUUGCAAUGGACGGCCUGGAGAACAGCCGUAUAGUAUUCUCGGCAAAUGAACUGUCUCCAGAGCUAAUGAACUUUGGUGCCAAUGCUGGAAUUCUGUCCCGUGUGGAUCUUACUUGUGCAGAUGGAUCGCGAAGUCUGGGCUGUGCCUUUACGCACCUAACCAUGCAAGAGUUCAUGGCUGCUUUGCAUCUUAUGACGAACCCCGAUAUCACAGAGGCACAGCUCAAGAAGAAGCUUAACUUGAAAAGCCGAUGGACUGCUAAGACUGAUCCAAAAACUGUGUUCACAGACUCCCUUCACCUGUAUGUGUGUGGGCUUGCUGCAGAAGCCUGCACUUUAAAUCUCGUCCUGCUGGAAGGCAGUGAGAAUGCCAGAACUAUUGUGCUACAGCGACAAGAUGCCGUACUUAAGAUUUUGCAGCGCUUUGUGGUUAGUGGUCGUCAAACAGGUCCCAAGAUUAUUGAGCUCUGCCGUUGUGCCCAUGAAACACAAAACAUUGAUUUGGCCAGAGCUGUUGGGUCAAGAGAUCGGUUUGAGCUGCGGAAUAUAAGACUCAACCCUGUGGACAUUGAUGCCUUGGCAUUUGUAACUUCAUCUGCAAAUCAGAUGGUAUGUCUGGACUUUGGUGCCUGUUCCAUUGAACCAGAGUGUUUAAACAUCAUUCCCAACUGCAAGAACCUGGAAACUCUCAUUUUUCGUAGCCGUAAAUAUGAUGACAAGUUUGCAGAGGCUUUGUCUGGUAUUCUGCCCAAACUCCAGAGCCUGAAGCAGUUAGACUUUAUCGGUGGUGGUCUCACUAAUAUCGGAGCUGCUAAACUUUUCAAGGCUUUGGAGUGCUGCCCGCAAAUCACAAAUCUCAAUGUCAGUGAUAACUACCUAUCAGAUGAGAGUGUAAGAAAGAUCACAGAGAUGAUUCCCAAACUGGCUAAACUCACGUCUAUCAUGCUGGGGAAGAACAACAUUUCCAGAAAAGGAAUAUUUAUACUCAUUGAAAAAAUGGCAGCUUUUCUGAACAUUAAGAAAGUCUAUGCAAAUGCAAAAAAAAAGGAAAUCAAUGUUCUGUUCUCCCCGAACACCCCAAACAGUGCAAGCACAGAUGACCUAAAGAACGCUGAAGAAUCAAAAGAGCUAAUCUUGAACGACUGGAAUCUCAAAUGGAGGAAUGUGAUCAACCUGUGCAAUAUGCUCAAAGGCUCCUCUCUCACUGUCCUAAAUUUGUCGCAGAACUCACUGGGUAACCAAGGUCUAAAGAAGCUACUCGAAAAUCUGCCUACUCUUGACACCAUUCAGGAAAUCAAUGUCAGUGACAAUGAAGUGGAUAUGGAUGGGGUCGUGCUUCUCUCAACUUAUCUCUGUACUCUCAAAGACCUGACUGAGAUAGAAGCUAGCCACAAUGGAAACAAGAAACUGGUCUUGACAUUUAGCUGUAGCAGAAGUGAUGCAAUAAACCAGUUAACCCCAGAUGGGCAUGAUAUUCUGCACAAGAAACUCAGCUUAACGCAAUGUGAUAUAAGCCCUACUGACAUGAACAAGCUGUGUAAGAAUCUGAUAAAGUGCCCAGAUCAGCUAGACCUGGAUUUCUCCUGUGGAACAUUAACGGAUGAGUCUAUCGAGAAGCUACUAAGGUUCCUUCCGGACAUGUCAUCUCUCAGUCUACUAAAUUUAAGUCACAUCAAGAUGUCAACAGACAGUGCUUUGUUAUUGGUCCAACUGCUUUCUGACUGCCAGCGCACUUCCUCUGUGGAACUCAGACCACUGGGAGAAGCAUUCGUCAAGUUCCUCCAAGUCAAAUCAGAAGCCGCAACAUGCAAGUUUAACCAAUAUAAUCUGAGCAGUGCCAGUCUGGCAAAGCUGUGUGGUAUACUGGAGAAUUGUCAUCAUCUGUCUGAUCUGGAUCUGUCUAGUAACUUCCUUAAAGACGAGGAUGUGAAGACCUUUGUUCAAUUAAUGCCCAAACUUCAGAUCUCCAGCUCAGUGAGCCUCAACGAUAACAGUCUAACCGAAGUAGGGGCGCUCUACCUGCUGAACCUAAUGAACACAUGUGAAAGGGUGGCUGCUGUGGAAGUGAGUCUCGGAAAGGAGGAGCAGCAAGCUCUGAUUCGCUUUGUUCAGAAGAAUUUUACAGACAAAACUUUCAGUCUGAGGCAUUGCUGUUUUGAGUCAAGCCAUUUGCAAAGUCUUGUGAAAAUACUCACCAGUUGUCCCAAGCUUAAACUAGAGUUAUCAUCAUGCACUGUGCAAAGUCAAUAUCUGUACUUUCUACUGAACAGUUUGGCUACGCUGAAAUCAGUCCAAACUUUAGAGCUAAGAAACAAUUCUUUCAAUGCUGAGGCGAUUAAGCAUUUGGUUACUGAGUUGUGUAGGGAUUCUAAUCCCAGAACAAUUCGGAUAAUGGAGCCAUGGAUUAAAGGGGAAGUUGCAGUUGGCCUUGUGGCAUGCUGCCUGCAAUUGAAUCCAUACAUAAAGGAGAUCAGAGUUGAAAAAACAUGGCUGAACCUUUCUAUUGAAAGCCUCACUUCUGCCACAGUCCCUAAUGUGAAUGGGAAUCCUUUCGUGUCUGCUGUGCACUCUAUAAGCUUUGAUGACUGUGAAGUUGAGGGGCAACACUUAUCCUCACUGCAAUCUACUGUCCAAAAGUGUCCCUCUCUGCGGGAGUUACAUUUCUCACAGCUGACGAUGGGUGCAGAUGGUGCAGCGUUUCUCUCUUCAGUUCUUCCCUUGCUGGAGAAUCUCAAGAUCCUCAGUCUUAACUCCAAAGGAGAAACAGAAGACGAAGCAGUAAUAUUUGCAUUACGGCAUACACAAAAGCACCUGGAACGGCUGAGCUUGUCGCAUCAUGUAAUCAAAGACAGUGGAGCUGCAGUACUAGGGAAUGCCCUUCAGGGUUUGACAAGAAUGCGUUCACUCAGCCUCUCACAGUGCUUGGAUUGCACAGCAACAGGAGGGCGUGAUUUGGUCCGUGGUCUGGUCCAGUGCCACUUUCUGGAAGAAAUUCGGCUGGACUCUUUAGAACUGGAUGAAGAAAGCAUAGCUUGCUUUGCACAAGGCCUUCAGGCCAUGACAUCGCUUAAAAAGCUCAGUAUCACGUCCAAGAUGACCUCAAAGGACGGCAGUGAGCUUCUGUGUCUGCUGGCUAGUCUGCACACGUUAAUUGAGCUAGAAGAGAUAGAGUUGAUUGGGUUGAGGAUGGGUGAUGGAGGGAUUGAGGAGCUUGUGAAACACAUCCCUAAAUGGACCAGACUGAGAAAAAUAAAUCUGUCAGAGAACCGUGUGAGUGACCGUGCUGGAGAGAUGUUGGUGAAAGCACUGUCCCACUGCAGAGCACUGCAACAAAUACAGCUUUCCAGGAACAACCUUGGUCACAGUUUCGCAGCUAUGCUGGGUCAGGUUCUUCCAUCCCUCUCAGAGCUCUCUGAAUUGGAUCUAUCUGAGAACCAGCUAGGUUCAGAAGGGUGUUCAAGUCUCUGUGAGGGUCUGGUCAGCAUGAAAGCACUGAAAAAGCUGCACUUAACCUCCAUUGGAACCUCAGACUUGGUCACUGUUGCAUCUUGCCUCAAACACUGCACCUCUAUAGAAGACAUCAGCUUGUCAUGGAAUAAAUGCGAAAAUGAUGUGGUUCUGAAACUGGCUGAAGUUCUGCCACAAUGCAGUAAACUGAAAAGGCUUGAUCUGGAGGCCAAUAAUAUCAACACUUCAGGAGCCAAGGCCCUUGCUACAUGUUUGCACUUUUGUCCUUGGAUUGAAGUAAUCAGGCUUUGGAGGAAUCCCAUUAAAAAGGAUGACCCGAUUUUUAAGGACAAGAGGCUGAAUUUCUCAUCAACCUAAUAUGAAGCACACUUCAUUAGGAUAAUAUGUCUUUAUUAGAUUUUUAUUAGAUGUUUAUAUUUAUAUUUAUUGCUUUCUGUAUUAAUUAGAAUAUGGAGGUCUUUUGUUUACAUUCAUUUGGAGAACACAUUACCUCACUAUACCAAUAACUACACCACAACACAGUUUAUCUUCUUGUCUGGGAUUCCGAGGUCUAUGGAAGCGAUGUAAACAAUACAUAUUUGCACCUUAACAGAGUGUGAACAACCCAUUACAGAGCCAUGCCUGCAUGUUCAGAGACAAUAAUGACCAGUCAUGUACUGUUCCAAGUGUCAUUUUUUUAGAACACAUAGUAUGCUAACCACAAUAGGCUUCUAGCUGUCACACAGAAACCGCAGAUUAUGCUUAGACAGCAUUUACUGUAUGACGCCUGUUAACUUCUUAAACUUCCAGUCUUUCAUACUCAUUGUCAUAUUUUUAAUAUCCCAUAUAACUGUGAACAUGCAGAUUGGCUGUGAGAUAAUCAGAUUUCCUGCACUAAUAAAGGCAGCUUAUAAAUGAUCACCCAAAUCAGAAGCCUAACUCUUCAUAGUGUCCUUCCAUGAACCCAUCCUAGAUUUCUCCUUGUUGUGUUCUCCUGCAGAUCUCGUAUUUAUUUCUGUAUAUACUUAUUAAAAUAUUUUAGGAAUUGCACUGUAAAAUUAAACAUUACUGGACAGUGAUUGUAUAAUUGAAUGGUACAUGAUACCACUAAGGACUGCAUUUUAGUGAGUAAAUUUUUAGUAACUCUGAGGGCUGAUCUCUGCACAUUGAUUCUGUACCUAGAUAGGUCAAAGAACUACAUAAAUAAUCGAUCAACUAGCUUUAUGAAAUGACCAGUAAGUAACCAUAGCCCAGUUGAGUGAAGACAAUUAAGUAAAGUAAAACUUUGAAGUGCCAAAAUAGAAACCCGAAAUGUGAUGCUGUAUUCUGUAUAGCUACUCUAGAGGGAAAUCAUUAUGUUAAUGAUCACAUUUGGAGCAUACUUUGAUAUACAUUUCCCCACAGAAAUUGAUGUGUUUAUAUUUGAUGAAGGUUGAUGUGUCUAUAUGUAUAUACGCUUGUCAAUAAAGCACUGAAAGAAUGAGAA